AAGUUUUCACCCAAUAAAAAAUUGCAGCUUUUCUAUCAGCGUCGCCGUAGCUGCUCCGCCAUUGCGCCCUUUCGUCGCUGCCCAUUGAGGUCGAGUCUCUCCUUCUCCGUAGCUUCUUCCUCACCUGAGCUAGCAGAGAACUCCAUCGCCGCUUGGAGACAUGGAGAGAGUCAUCUCCUUGAAACCCCCUUUUUCCCUCCCUUCCCAAUCUCAACCUCGCGCUUUCCAUCCUCUCCCUUCCCUCCGCGGCCGCUUCCCCUCCCCCGCCCUCCGCGCCUACCAUGGCUUCGCGUCCCAGGAUAGACCCACCUCGAUCGCUGCAGAGAAUACCGAAAGGCUGCUCCUUUACCCAGUGGUCGCCGCGAAACGGAGGAAAGUUCCGGUUUUUAGGGCAAGCGCCGCGAUUCCGGCCGACGGAGCUGGAGUCGUCGAGGGAAAGGACAACCCCAAGUUCCUGGGCAUCGAGUUAUCCACGCUCAAGAAAAUAGUCCCGCUUGGGAUGAUGUUCUUCUGUAUUCUAUUCAAUUAUACCAUUCUGAGGGACACCAAAGAUGUACUGGUGGUGACGGCCAAAGGGAGCAGCGCCGAGAUCAUACCCUUCUUGAAGACCUGGGUGAACUUGCCCAUGGCCGUGGGGUUCAUGCUGCUGUACACCAAGCUGUCGAACGUGCUCUCAAAGGAGGCUCUUUUCUACACCGUGAUUAUGCCCUUCAUCGCCUUCUUCGGAGCCUUUGCGUUCCUAUUGUAUCCCAUGCGUGACGCCAUCCAUCCCACUGCACUUGCCGACAGGCUCUUGGCGGCUCUCGGUCCGAGCUUCCUUGGCCCCGUCGCAAUUCUGAGAAUCUGGAGCUUCUGCUUGUUCUAUGUCAUGGCAGAACUAUGGGGAAGUGUGGUCAUCUCGGUCCUCUUCUGGGGUUUCGCCAACCAGAUUACUACUGUUGAGGAAGCCAAAGAGUUCUACCCAUUGUUUGGACUUGGAGCUAAUAUUGCCCUCAUCUUCUCCGGACGCACAGUCAAGUUCUUCUCUAACAUGCGCAAGAAUUUGGGACCGGGCGUCGAUGGCUGGGCGAUUUCACUCAAAGGAAUGAUGAGCAUUGUUGUUCUCCUUGGCCUUGUAAUUUGUGGAAUCUAUUGGGGUGUGAAUAAGUUUGUCGUCAAUGAUCCAUCUAUUCCAAGAACAGAACGCAAGAAGAAGGAGAAGCCAAAGCUAGGUAUGAAUGAGAGCCUGAAAGUUCUUCUGUCCUCUCGAUAUGUAAGAGACCUCGCAACCUUGGUGGUUGCUUAUGGUAUAAGCAUCAACCUUGUAGAAGUCACAUGGAAAUCAAAGCUCAAGGCACAGUUUCCUAGUCCAAAUGAAUACUCAUCUUUCAUGGGUGAUUUUUCAACUGCUACUGGUAUUGCAACAUUCACAAUGAUGUUGGUCGGAAGAUGGAUUCUCCGGAAAUUUGGAUGGGGAGUGGCGGCUAUGAUCACUCCCACAGUCUUACUGCUCACAGGAGUCGGGUUCUUCUCGCUAAUUCUGUUUGGCGACCCAUUGGCUCCUGUAUUAGGAAGUCUCGGUAUGACUCCUUUGCUUGCAGCUGUUUAUGUUGGUGCAUUACAGAACAUAUUCAGCAAGAGUGCGAAAUACAGCUUGUUUGAUCCUUGCAAAGAAAUGGCUUACAUUCCUAUGGAUGAAGAGAUGAAGGUCAAAGGAAAGGCUGCCAUUGAUGUUGUCUGCAACCCCUUGGGAAAAUCCGGAGGUGCCUUGAUCCAGCAGUUCAUGAUCUUGACAUUUGGGUCUCUGGCAAACUCAACUCCUUACUUGGGAGGCAUACUUCUAGUGAUUGUUCUGGCAUGGCUAGGUGCUGCCAGAUCCUUGGACUCUCAAUUCUCGCCUUUGGUCAAGAAAGAGCUCGAGAAGGAGAAGUCACGGAAGGCUGAAGAGUCUUCAGUAGUCAUCGAUGCAACGAUCAAGAACGAGUAGGAGAUUGGUUCUCUUCAUGAGUCUGUAGAGGGUGAGAACUUGUCGAAUGGGUCGCCUGCAAAGGUAGAAUUUGCUACUGAAUCUGAGACUUGAACAAGAACCACCAUGGGCAUCAACAAAGUUACACUUGAAAGAAGUACCAGAGGCAAAGGAACAAGUAAUGUUUGAACAAUUUGUGUUGAAGUUUAAUAUUUAAAUUACAAAAUUAUAAUAUUUGGAUGUGAAUUUACAUUAGAAUUGAAUGGAACUGAUAAUUGUAGUUCAAUUUUGUUUCGAUUUUUUAUGUUAUAAUAUAAAAUUUUAAUUUGAUCUA